AAUCCCCUUUACAACUUUCAAACUUUCUUACUCAAAAACAUUAUAAAGCUUGCAUCUUUUCAACCUUCAUCACCUCAAAACAAGCCCAUUUCUUUCUCUCUUUCAAGAAACCCCAUUAAUGGCAGCUCGUUGUUUUUACUUUUCAUUUUGUGGGUGGUCUAGCCUUAAAUCCAAUGAUACACAUCCUUCUGAUCUCGAGAAAAAUGGUGGUGAAAAUGAUAAGUUAAAGUUGCCAGUUUUUAAAGAGUAUAAGUUGGAUCAACUAAAAAGUGCAACAGAUGGAUUUUCUGUGGAGAAUAUUGUAUCUGAACAUGGUGAAAAAGCUCCAAAUGUUGUGUAUAAAGGAAAGCUUGAAGAUGAUGGUGAUAGAUUGAUUGCUGUUAAACGGUUUAAUAAGUCAGCUUGGCCUGAUACUAAACAGUUUCUGGAUGAAGCAAAAGCUGUUGGGCAACUUAGGAGCCAAAGAUUAGUAAAUUUGUUGGGAUGCUGCUAUGAAGGAAAUGAGCGAUUGCUAGUGGCAGAGUUCAUGCCUCAUGAGACUUUAUCAAAGCAUCUAUUUCAUUGGGAAAGCCAACCAUUAGAGUGGGCUAUGCGCUUACGGGUAGCUCUGUAUUUGGCGCAAGCAUUAGACUACUGCAGCAUUAAAGGACGGUCUCUAUAUCAUGACCUUAAUGCUUACAGAGUCUUGUUUGAUCAGGAUUGCAAUCCAAGGCUCUCGUGCUUUGGACUAAUGAAGAAUAGUCGAGAUGGUAAAAGCUAUAGCACUAACCUAGCUUUCACCCCACCAGAAUAUAUGAGAACAGGCAGAGUAAUAGCAGAAAGUGUAAUAUACAGUUUCGGAACCAUCCUGCUUGAUCUUUUGAGUGGAAAACAUAUUCCCCCAAGCCACGCACUUGAUUUGAUAAAAGGGAAAAAUUUUCAAAUGCUUACGGAUUCAUGUUUAGAGGGUCAUUUUUCUAAUGAUGAUGGAACGGAGUUGGUAAGGAUAGCAUCACGUUGUUUGCAGUAUGAACCUCGAGAGAGGCCUAAUGCCAAGUCUGUAGUGGCUGCCCUUACCAUUCUUCAGAAGCAAACAGACGUUUCAUCCCGUGUCUUGUUGGGAAUUAGUAAGGAAUCUGCACCGACAACACAAAUAUCAAACCUGUCACCACUUGGAGACGCUUGCGCGAGAAUGGAUUUAACUGCCAUACACGAGAUACUAGAGAAGAUCGGAUAUAGUGGUGAUGAGGGGGUUACAGAUGAGCUCUCGUUCCAAAUGUGGACAAGUCAACUGCAGGAUACGUUAAACGGUAAGAAGCGUGGGGAUAAUGCUUUUCGAGCCAAGGAUUUCAGUACUGCUAUCCAAUGUUACACAAAUUUCAUCGAGACUGGAACCAUGGUAUCACCAACCAUGUAUGUAAGACGUUGUUUGAGUUAUUUGAUGAAUAACAAGGCGCAAGAAGCGUUAGGAGAUGCGAUGCAAGCCCAGGUCAUAAACCCAGAUUGGUCAACUGCACUUUAUCUACAAGCAGCUGCUUUAUAUAGUCUAGGAAUGGACAAUGAUGCCCGAGAAACACUAAAAGACGCGGUUGCGUUGGAUGCUGAAAUAAAAGAAAAAUGAAUGGGUAGAUUUUGUGUUGUCUUUCUUUUCUGUUACUAGGAAAUGUGGAUGUAGUUGUGCAUAUUUUGCAUUGUUCCCGCCAAAGGUAACUUAUUAUUUUCAAUGAACUGAAUGUUUGUGAUGUUUGUUUAUCAAAUUAAAUGAGUUAAUAAUAUUCUUUUUGUCA